CCGCGUGGAUGACUGAUGCCGCACGUUGCCCGACCAACGCGCCCGGUGCCGGAGCUCCGCGCUGUCGCCUCCUCCUUCUCCCGCAGCGCCUCGGCCAGCGACGCUCCCGCCGCCUCUGGGCGGUCCGCACCGAGCUCGGCGAGCGACAGGUUCUUGCGAAAUUGGUGAAAAUAAGCCUACGUUCCAGGGAUGCAAGAGGAGCAACAGCCUGAGGCUGCUGCAGAUCCAAUGUCCUCCUCUGAUGUACCUGAAGAUGGCCCAAAGGAAACGUCAAGUGUAUCGCAGAGUAUCUCUGAUGCAGAUGCAUUUAAAAUUCUUCUGGAGAUGAAGAUGAAGAAGAGGCAGAAAAAACCUACCUUACCAAGCACUGUGACUGAGCUUGACACCGAGGAUGGUUCUAAAGUAUAUGUGGUUGGAACAGCCCACUUCAGUGACAGCAGCAAGAAGGAUGUAGUGAAGACAAUACAAGAAGUGCAGCCGGAUGUGGUUGUGGUGGAACUAUGCCAGUACAGAGUUUCUAUGUUAAAGAUGGAUGAAAAGACUUUACUAAAAGAAGCCAAAGAAAUAAAUCUGGAAAAACUUCAGCAAGCUAUAAAGCAGAAUGGAGUCAUGUCCGGACUGAUGCAAAUGCUGCUUCUGAAAGUGUCUGCUCACAUCACAGAACAGCUGGGGAUGGCCCCAGGAGGGGAAUUCAGAGAGGCUUUCAAAGAGGCUAGUAAAGUACCUUUCUGUAAAUUUCAUCUUGGAGACAGACCCAUCCCUGUUACGUUUAAGAGAGCGAUUGCUGCACUUUCUUUCUGGCAAAAAGUCAAGCUUGCCUGGGGCCUUUGCUUCUUAUCCGACCCAAUCAGUAAAGAUGACGUGGAAAAAUGCAAACAGAAGGAUUUACUGGAGCAGAUGAUGGCAGAGAUGAUUGGAGAAUUUCCUGAUCUUCAUCGAACGAUCGUCUCAGAGAGAGAUAUUUACUUGACCUACAUGCUGAAGCAAGCAGCAAAGCAGAUAGAACUACCUCGGGCUUCAGAAACUGAACCUAGAAAGUACAUCCCUGCUGUUGUAGUUGGUGUGGUUGGGAUGGGACACGUACCUGGAAUUGAAAAGAACUGGAACUCUGACUUAAACAUUCAGGAAAUAAUGAGUGUGCCUCCUCCAUCAGCUUCAAGUAAGAUUUUCAAAUUUGUCAUAAAAGCAACAGUUUUUGGACUGAUGGGAUAUGGCUGCUACCGAAUAGGUCAAAGGACGGUUCAGUUUAUUCUCUCGAUGCCAGCAGCACAGAGCUAUCUUCAGAAGCUGACAGAAAUAAGGUCUCAGCAUUGAACGUAAGUGGAGGCACAGCGUGAAGAAAGUGGCUGAAAAGGGCGAUGGAGGCAACAAACGUGAGGCGGACUGAAAGAAGGAAAUGAGGAUUCUGUCAGAGGCGAUUGGUGCGGAGCAAAGCUGAAUUGCUGUAUAAUAAAAGAUUUGAUACUGAACUUACACCAGCUAUGAUCUGAUGAGUAAGUUUGAUUCCUGGUGCGUUGCAUGAAACCACGUGAUUCCAGAUUGAGGCAAAUGUAAUGCGUACACAAAUAUAUAUUAUAUAUAUCUAUACGGUGUGUGUAUAUAUAAUAUAUAUUAAUGAUGAUGUAGUACAGACAGCUUAAAGAGUGUAUGCUCGUGACUUUUUUCCAGAAGAACAGAACACCACCAAGUAACCAAAUCGGCUGCGUCUGCUGUGAAAUUCAGGGACACUUGGAGUGAUUCUUUUUCUUUCCUUGGGUAUAAUAAUGCCUAGCAGUCAUAUCUGGUGCCAGACACUUCUACAUGUAAUUUAGAAGGGCGUCUUCUCAAUGUGUGUUUUAUACUUAAAAACAUUUAGGCUUUUUAAAGACUUGAAAGCUUUCCAAAAAUGUCAGAAUUGUACAGGCUGUCGUAUGUUCACCGCUCGAAUUUCUUACAAGCCUUACUGAAGAACAGAAACGCUGCCUUUAGAUUGCAUCCCUCGUUACCACCACCAGUUGAAUUGUCUUCUGCGUAGAGAAGGUAGAGCCACGCCAUCAGAAUGCAAUUUGUGUCAGAUGUUUACAGGACACUCUGUUCCUUUAGAUUAGGUUAUUUAAACUGUAUUGUUUAGACAAAUCCUGCUGGAUUCAGAAUUGUAAAUUUGAGACUAGAACUACUGUACAGCUUUUGUUUCUCGGACCUUUCGUUACUGGGACAAGAAGCCUGGAAUUAAUAGUACCUGCUCCUCAUUUUUGAUACAUGCAAAUAUUUUAUUUAUCAAUGUAAUUUCUCAGUGGAUGAAUAUUUUAAUCUAUUUAAUAGAAAAGCAACGUUCAACUUAGUUUUUCAAACUAGCGAUAGCAUUUUAUUUGGGUUACUUGCUGUUUAUACAUAGAAUAAUGGGUACUUCAGACCGCUGUGAUUUUUAAGAUUUUCCAGAACAGCCAUCUGUCACCCAUCUCUUGUAUUUUAUCUUUUAAUCCUAGGCUGAUAUGUAAUAGGUUUUGGUGCCCUUUGUAUGGGAUUUUCAAUGAUUGUAAAGUGCCCUCUGCAGUCAGCUGCUCCCAGUUCAGCAGUGCGGACAGCUUUGAUUGGCAUAUCAGAGUUUUAACCUGAUGUAUUUGAACGGAAGAGUCCCAUUUGCUCCUCAGGCUCAUACGCAGUCGCUCAUUGACUAAAAUACGGUUUUUGUUUUCAUUCCUGAUUUUCUGACUGAAAGAUGAGAAUCAGUGUGUGAGGGGAGAGCAGGAAACACCGCCUUGUGCUUCAUGUUUCCUUGCUGUUUUCAGUUGGUUCGGUAAAACCAGCGGACCGUGCUCAGCAGGGUGAGUGUCCGGAGCCUUGUGCUGGAGGCCGUCCCACGCGGCCCAUUGGCCGCUGAAAGCACGGAUGUGCGUCUUCCAGGCAGCGCUGUCUUUUUCAAGCUUUUGAAAUGCAGUCAGGGGCUUGAUGCCCUGCUCUGUGUUGGCAGUGACUUUGACUGGGAGCUGGUCUGCCCAUGCAGCCUGCUGCUCUUCUGCCUCUCACUUUGCAGAUGUUGUGAGUCCCUCUGCAGCAAAUCAGUUCGUGUUUAUCUUUAAACCUACGAAAUCGAACCCAGUCCCGCAGAGCACUUAAGACGGUGCAUGGUGCGUUUCUGGAUCUGGGCCUCAGAGCUGUGCAGGGAAUAAACCCGAGCAAAUGAGAAUGGUAGCAGUUCACACUUUGUGAACAUCACAUUUUUGUUGUGAUACAGAGCAGGAUGGAGUCAGGUCCUUCUUGUUUUCCAUCAAUCAGUGCUUGAGGAACCCCCAACCCCGAGCCAUCUCCAGUGAGGCUGAGAGCCACACCUAUGAACUCUUGACAGAAGACUGGAGUGACUGCCUCCAUUUUGCUUCCUGGCUUUUUUUGUAAAGGUUUAAUGAAUUGUUUACAGUUAAGCAGUCCUAUUUGAACAAUUCUAUUCCAUGCUACGUACAUUAUGAAGAGAUGAAAGCAGAAGCUUGAGCUCCUUCUCCUGGCUUUAUUGACGUACCAAAAGAUGGUGGUUGUUUCGUUGGUGUUCUGUUUUGUGUUGAAUUUGGUUUUGUUUGGGUUAUGUUUUUGAGACCUUUUUAGCCAUUAGAGUUUAAAAUAUCUUGAUUCUUGAUGUCUUGCUUUAAGAUAUCUAUGGAUUUUUAAGGUAUCUGCAGAUAUUUUAAAAGCUCUGUAGAUCUUUGAUAUCUGUGCUCAGGUAAUUUUACACAAAGGAAAACAAAUCUAAGGUAAAUUUUAGACAUGAGCCUUAAACUCGGGUAGGACUAAUGCUGAACGAUUGUCACGGAGCAUUCUUGCAGACUUGACGUUGUACGCUUUUUAGCCGGAAGCGUAAGCUGUCCUUUUGUUACUCAGUCAUUAUCAGCGGUUACUAUCUUGAGUCUAUUGUUUCACUUUUUUUUUUUUUUUUUUUUUUGCUUUAAAACAUAUCAGCAGAUUCCUGAAGGAGGCUGUCUGGGAACAGAACUUCCCACUGUUGCAAACUGGCAGGUCAUACUCGUGCACUGUUUACUCAGUGGCACUUGAAAGCCCGAUGGAUUUGCAGAACUGUCAGUGCUGUGAAUCCAUGCACGAAUGCUCAGUGUUGUGUGUCCGAUGUGCUGGACCGUCCGUGUAACAAUCAGUGUUUUAGGUCCAUUCUUUUCCGUUCUAGUCAGUCCUCUCAGUGUUAGAGCAUCCUGUAAAAUUUAACUCUGUGGAAUUGUCCCAGCCCUGCCUCAGCCUUAUGAAGCCAUACUGUAUUUUUUUGGUGACAUGUACAUCUGUUUCAUGCGUUUGUACAUGUAAUGUAAUUUGAAGUAUUUUUAACAAUGUGUGCCUUUACUCUAAAGUGAUUUAAAGUAAACAGCAGUAUGUUCUAUGAUAUCAGAAAUAAAAUAUUUUAGCCACCGUUUCUGUUGAAGGCAUUUAUUUUCCACAUUAAUUAAUAUUUUUGAGAACAAACACUGGUUAGCUAGGGCUGGUACGCAGCAGUUUGACCGUCCAGCACGUUCUUCUGAGCAAGAGCUUCAGCUGGAGCAAACGCCUCCCUGAGGGGCACCUGGCUUCAAUGAUGAAGUAAGAAAACCAGUUUUUCUGCCUACUGCGCGUUACCAUUGGAGAAAAGGAUGGAUCCCUCUCCUACUGAACGCAGGGAGACUAACUUCCCAAUGGAAGGAGCAUCUAAAUUGAGAGUCUGCAAUUAAGUAUGGAGUGGAUUUUUCUCUUGGUCGUCUCAUUGCUUUUCUUCUAACUUCUGCAGUGCCUGGUUGUGCCAGGAGCUGACGGCCUUGGUCCCAACCCAGCAAGGUGCUCGAGCACCUGGCAUUGGGCACAAAUGGUCCCUCCUGCUUACAGGGCUGUUCUCUGCAUGGCUAUCAAAGGCUACGUGGAAAGGGUGUUGAGUUGGUAGCAAAACGUUUAAUCUGCUGAAAUUGAGCCAGGUGUGACCGCUUCUUUAAAAGGGGGAGGAGGGACUGUUACUAAAAAGACCCUGGUUUUGUGCUGAAAACAAGCACGUAGUCAAGUGAAUUGCCACCACUUGUCGGUCAGCACUCCGUGCCUCUUGGUUAAGUGUGCAAAGCAAAGGUUUCCACGGGCAGUUCUGUAGUCCUUGAUUUGGCAAAAGCCUCCAAUGCUUUGAGCUGUGGUUUGUCUUAAAUUGUAAAGUGCUGCUGAGAGUGGCAGCUGCCACCUCACAGACAGCUCUGCUCCAUCAGCCAGCUGGCCAAGGCUGUGUUUGUAACGCGUUCUUUGCUGUACUCAACCAACUUAAAAAGUCAGAGGUGAGCUAAUAUAUUGCCUGGAUUUCCCCCUGGAAGCUGCCCCUGUUUGUGUGUUGUGAGAAACAUCGAAGAAGCACUGCCUGGGAAACACCUCCAGUUAUCCCCAGGCUGUAGUGGGAGCUGCGCGUGGAAAGAAACGCUGUCUCCUGUGUAAAUCGAAGGUCUCAUGUACACAUUUUCCUGUUUCUAAGACUUUAAUAAACUUGCAUUUUUAGA